ACGGCCGCCAUUUAUGUGCAGGCCCUGGCUCUAGGCGUGUGCCGCUUCUUCGCUGGUGGUGUUCACUUCGCCGCCCACCCCACCGGGCACGAUGAGGGCGCUGUUGGCCUGCCGCUCACUGCCGGCCUGCCUGAGUGGGUGCACGUUCCGUGUCUGUGGGCGGCAGCCGGGCGGACGGUGCGGUAGUAGCUGGCACAAGCCGAAGGGUCACCCCGCCGGUGUGCAGGUCUACAACAGUCUGACACGGAACAAGGAGCCUCUGGUGCUCGCGGAGCCGCUCACUGCUUCCUGGUAUUGCUGUGGGCCGACAGUAUAUGAUGAAGCUCAUCUUGGACAUGCAAGCUCCUACGUUCGAUUUGACAUCCUUAGAAGAAUAUUGACCAAGAUCUUUGGCAUCGAUGUGAUUAUGGUGAUGGUUAUCACAGAUAUUGACGACAAAAUAAUUAAAAGGGCCAAUGAGUUGAAUAUUUCGUCCACAGUACUUUCACGCACCUAUGAAGAGGAUUUCAAACAAGAUAUGGCGUGUUUAAAGGUUCUUCCACCCACUGUUUACAUGCGCGUGACUGAUAACAUUCCCAAGAUUGUUGCAUUUAUAGAAAGAAUUAUUCACAAUGGCCAUGCCUAUUCAACCUCCACAGGAAAUGUGUAUUUUGACAUCCAGUCUAUUGGUAGUCAGUAUGGGAAGUUCGUUGGGAUAUGUGCUGACACAGCUGGAGAAACAACUGCUGGUGAUAAAAGGCACAUCAGAGACUUUGCUUUGUGGAAAGCAUCAAAACCAAAUGAGCCGUCUUGGAUAUCCCCAUGGGGUAAGGGUCGACCUGGCUGGCAUAUUGAGUGUUCCACCAUAGCAAGCUCUGUGUUUGGAAAUAAAUUGGACAUCCAUUCAGGUGGAAUAGACCUAGCGUUUCCCCAUCACGAGAAUGAGAUUGCUCAAUGUGAGGCCUACCACCAGUGUGAGCAAUGGGGCAACUACUUUUUACACUCAGGGCAUUUGCAUUUGAAAGGAAGUGAAGAAAAGAUGUCAAAAUCAUUGAAAAAUUAUAUCACAAUCAAGAACUUCUUGGAAAAGUUCUCUGCAGAUCAGUUUCGAAUGUUUUGUCUUCUCUCAAAGUACAGAUCAGCUGUGGAAUACAGUGAUGCAAGCAUGGCAGAAGCUGGAAACCUUCUGCAUUCCAUUUCAGCUUUUAUGGACGAUGCAUCUGCUUACAUGAGAGGACAAUUGAUCUGCCCAUCGGUUGACGAAACUCUAUUAUGGGAGAGGUUAAAUGCAACUAAAGUCAAUGUGCAGGCUGCCUUUGCUGAUGAUUUUGACACCCCAGGGGCUACUGAUUCAAUUAUGAACCUCAUUCACCAUGGCAACAGACAGCUUCAAGCAGUUGCCAAGGAAGGUGACUACCCCAGGAGUCCGGCUGUGUUUGGGGCAAUAAUCUCUUAUUUAGAGCGAUUCUUGGAUGUUGUUGGCAUUUCUCUUGGACAAAGUCAGGCAGCAGACCGGUCUUCAGUCACCCUUCACAGUGUCGCUGAACAACUGGUUGGUUUUCGACAGGAAGUGAGAAAGUAUGCCCUAGCAGUGGAUGAUCAGGAGCUGGCAUCAGGUGAAGGCAGAGAGCUGUCCCAGGAAGAGAAACAGAAGCUAAGGGAGAGGCGUAAGCAGAUGCUGAGUGAACGGCAACCUCUCCUCCAGGCCUGCGAUCUACUGCGACAGGAUCUCAGUGCAAUAGGAAUAAAUAUCAAGGAUCGAGGGGCAACUUCUUCAUGGGAGAUGAUGGAACAACUUACAAAAGUUAAAGAAAAGUGAAGCCUGAUUAUUAACUUCAGACUUCCAACACCAACAUUUGGGUAUUAACAUAACCCAUUGACAGUCAUGGAAAAAGAUAAACUAUCUUUGGGCUAAAUUGUUCAUUGGUAUCAUAAACUGGGGGAGUUGCCUACAGCAGGAAUGCUGGGCUGUGACACUAAGGAGACAAAUCCCAGACUGAAAAGUGAAUCAAUCUCCGUGAUUAAUUUUGCUGGACCCCUGGCUCUUAACUGACAACGCAGUGUCUCCAUGCUGCCCUCCUCCCAGUGCAUCAGGUCUGUCCAUCACUGUUCCAGACAAGAUACAAGUUGCUUCUCAAUCGUAGUUACAUAAAGUAAUGGUGAGAAAAACUGAUGGAUCCCAUUCCAUUAUACAGGAUGAAUCAUGGUUUUUUUAAACUGUUGUUUAUCAAACAUUGUCAUUAGCUAGAUAACACCUUGUUCAUUGAUCAUGCUGUUUCUUUCUUGUACAUCAAUUAAAAAUUUGAUUAUGUACUUGACAA